AAUAAUAUCACGCACGAAAGUCAUUGUAUUGGCAACUCUGGGUGCAGGUGCGGCUUGGUCAACACGCCAUUUGUUCUGGUGUUGACGAUUCUUUUGCUGGUGGGCAUCGCCGACAACAAGAAGAUGGCUGAAGGCACAGGAGGGGCAUUGUUUACCAUAGGGUCGCUCAGUCUGCCGCUCAAUCUCAGUUCCUUCCUCGGCACCGUUCCUGGCCAAUCAAGGAGCGUUCUCUACUUCGUCGGUCUCGGAAUCUUGGCCUUCAAUUUCGCUGCCGUGUGCGGAUUUACGAAUAUUCGACGCGACAUGAAGGCACCGCCCUGUUUCACCAAGGCCGCUGCCUUCGGAGUUGCGGGGAGCACGCUGGCCUUGUUCGUGGUUGGAGUGACGGCCUACGCGGUUCUUACGGUGGUCACCGGAAACGUCGUGUUGAGCCUGAACGGACGAGAUACCAGGAUCGCCGCCAACAUUUUCACUGUGAUGUGCACCGAACAGGCGAUGAGCCUGACCUACAUAAUAAUGGGAGAGUACGACCGCGUGGAGGAUUACGGAAAACGCGUGGCCUGGAAUCGUGCCAAGAGGUCGUCUCCGCUUGCCCUGUGCGCCGGUCUGCUUGCGCUGGCCGUACCAUACGACGGGGCCCUGAUGGGACUCGUCGGGUCUUUGGCUCUGUGUCCAAUAGCCUUCGUGUUGCCCCCAGUGUUCUACUACAAGCUGUGCCAGGGGUCGGAGCAGUGGCCAGAGAAGCCCCUGAGCAUGAGAAUGAAGAUCUGCCUCGCAUUGGCGGUUCUUAGCGGCCUGCUCGUGUUCAUCGGCGGAACGGUGACGUCGAUCAUCCAGCUUGUGGAAGAGAGCCGCGUGGACGAACAGUCUUGCUUCUGGGGCUUCUGCUACGAUCAAAAGUUCGCACACACGCCGCAAUCAGUUUCUAUCUACGACAUACUGACUAGUGGCAGGAAGCCAGAGGACAGGCUAUGGCUUCAAUGCGCCAAGAAAUCCUAAACUCUGUGCACUGUGAUACAAAUAA